GUUUACUAGACGUGCAUGAAAGCAGCACGAGAAGGAAGCGGAAAGGAGAAACCGUUGUGGACACUUUCCACUGAAAAUAGGAUUUAUCCACCGCUGGACUCCUGCCAGCUGUUCAGCAGGUGCGACCCCGCGGCGUCCCGUCCGCCUCCAGCGAUGGACAGCCUGGAGGAGGACCUGACCUGCUCCGUGUGCUACUCGCUGUUCUCCGACCCGCGCGUCCUGCCGUGUUCCCACACCUUCUGCAAGAACUGCUUGGAGAACCUGCUGCAGGUGUCCACCAACUACUCCAUCUGGCGCCCGCUGCGCCUGCCCAUAAAAUGUCCCCACUGCCGCAGCGUGGUGGAGCUGCCGCCGAGCGGCGUGGACGCGCUCCCGUCCAACGUGUCUCUGCGAGCCAUCGUCGAGAAAUACCAGAGGGACAGCGAGCCGCGGGCGCCGUCCUGCCAGGAGCACCGCAGGCAGCCGCUCAACAUGUACUGCGUCCAGGACCGGCAGCUGAUCUGCGGCCUGUGCCUGACCGUCGGCCAGCACCAUGGCCAUCCCAUAGACGACCUGCAGGCGGCCUUUGUCAGAGAAAAACAAACCCCGGCGCUGCUGCUGGCCAGGCUCUCGGAGCAGAAGUGGAGUCAGGUGUGUGAGCUGGGGGAGCAGCUGGAGCAGGAGAAGGCGCGCUGCGACGCUCUGCUGAGGCAGGACCGGCAGGAGGUCAACCAGUUUUUUGUCUCUUUAGAGGAGGUGCUGGCCAGGAAGAAGCAGGCCUACCUGGAGGCUCUGAGCGAGGCUGCUGCAGAGGUGGCCGCGACCUACGACCCCCUCAUCCACACAGUCAAGGAGCUGCAGGAGGAGCAGUUGGACCUGGUGUCUCUGGGCUCGUCUGUGGAGGAGGAAGACUCCCCCCUGGUGUUUUUGGAGAAAGUCCAUCAGUUCAGAGAUCGGGUGGAGAAGUUCAUCAGAACCCCGCUGCCCUCCGGCAUCAACCUGUCGGUGACGCCGCGCGCAGCGGCCUACCUGCAGCAGAACUGGCCCGCGGUGACCAUCAGCAGCCUGGAGCAGGCGCCGGUUCCCAAGCUGUGCUGCCGCACCAGAUGCGACGGUGGCGUCGGCACAGAGGCAGACCCGCCUGUCCCGCCUGCCUGGGACAGGUGGCGCCAGCUGAAGCCCACCGCUUCGGUAGCUCUGCUGGGCCUGCUGCUGCUGCUGGCGGCGUUGUGGGCCAACCCCGUCGGAGGCGCGUCGCUCGGGUUCUCCCUCCUUUCCCGCCUCAGUCAGCUGGCCCAGAGUCUGAGCGGCAGCCUCGUCUCGUCCGUGUGGGACACAAUGGAGGCGGAGUGCGCAGAGAUGGGGGCUGCAGUGCAGAGGUGGAGCUCGCAGCUGUCUGUCCUCAGAGACCGAGUCGUUCAGCAGGUGGCUGCUUUACUUAAAACGUCGACGUCUCGCUGAGGAAGGCCGAACUGGAAACCAAACUGUCUGAACGUGGAGGAGUCUCUUUUCCCCAGUUCCAAAGAACCAAAACUGCCUCACUUUUGUUACUUCUGCUAGUUACGAUUUUACAUUAACAGGUAUGUUUGAAGUUUCACAUAAAAAAAACACACUACGUCGUGUCCAGCCUAAACAGCAACAAGGGUUUUUGUUUUUUUUGCCUUCUCAGCGAAACAGGAAUUUAAUUAAGCCAGAAUUUCCUCUGCUCAUUUCCUGUCAGCACACUUAGGAGAUGAAGACAAUCAGAGGAGAAAUGCUGCAGCAGCAGCAGAUGUGCAGGUUUCACGUUCAUUUCCUGGGUGUUUCACUCUAUAAUCACACAUUAUGUAGCAAUAUUCAUUUUUGAUAAGUGUUACUUUCUUCUCAUUAUAUUACUUCCACUCAUAAUAAAAGUUGCAGAAACUUG